AUGAAUCCCUUUUGGGCUACUUGUUUGAUUCUAUCGUCCUUGCUCGAGGGGACUCGUGGGAGGGUGCUCUACCCACUGCCAAGCAAAGAACACAAACACAAACAGCCAUUGCAAACAUCGAGGCCUUAUAAUAUUGCCCAUCGAGGUUCGAAUGGAGAGAUUCCCGAAGAAACAACGGAUGCUUAUAAAAGAGCUAUUGAAGAAGGUGCUGACUUCAUAGAAACUGAUAUCCUCGCAACUAAAGAUGGCGAAUUGAUAUGCUUUCAUGAUGUAACACUCGACGAUACUACCGAUAUUGGCAAUCACACUGAGUUUUCUGAUCGCAAGAGAACCUACCAAGUUCAAGGAUUCAAUGUGACUGGAUUUUUUGUAGUGGAUUUCACACUCGAUGAACUUAAAUCCCUCAGGGUAAGGCAGAGGUACCCAUUCCGAGAUCAACAAUACAAUGGCAAGUUCUCAAUCAUCACAUUUGAGGAGUACAUCGCCAUUGCACUCGAUGCCAACAGAGUUGUUGGGAUUUACCCAGAGAUAAAAAAUCCAGUCUUUAUAAAUCAGCAUGUCAAAUGGCCCAACGGGGAGAGGUUCGAGGACAAGUUCAUCGAGUUGCUUCAGAAGUAUGGAUAUGGAGGUGCAUACAUGUCUGCUAAAUGGCUGAAAAAACCAGUGUUCAUACAGUCUUUUGCUCCGACUUCUCUAAUAUACAUUUCAAACAAGAUGGAUUCUCCCAAAAUAUUGCUGAUUGGUGAUUUCAGCAUGCCAACACAAGACACAAAUCAGUCAUUCUGGGAAAUUACUUCAGAUAGCUACUUUGAAUAUAUUAGAGACUACGUAGUUGGCAUUGGGCCCUGGAAAGACACAAUUGUUCCUCCACUAAACAACUAUUUAACUGCACCCUCUGAUCUCGUCUAUAGAGCUCACGCACAUAAUCUUCAGGUGCAUCCAUAUACAUACAGAAAUGAGAACUCUUUCCUGCACUUUGAUUUCCAUCAAGAUCCUUAUGAGGAGUACGAGUACUGGAUCAAGACAAUUGGGGUAGACGGGUUGUUCACCGACUUCACGGGGAGUCUCCAUCGAUAUCAGAAGUGUGCAUCAGGCAUCCUCAGAUGA